AUGGGUGUUAUUCUGUCUACUCCCUCAGGCGAAUACCUGACUCGCGUCGGUGAUAGAGUUGCAUUGCAACGCCUUCAAAAUUCCGAGGACGCUACUCUCGAAAUAAAAGCCUUUGGAUCUGGCGGGCUAAGUAUCCUCCAAUACGCCAAAUUCCUUAGUGGGGGAAGCUGGCUUUGUAUGGACAAGGAUGGCAAUAUCAACGUCAAGAACGAUGGGCACCAGCUUAUAUUUCAAGCCGGGUUCGCCAGCAAGGUCCCUGAGUUUUUGAGGCACGUGCACGACGUGAGAGAGGAGCAAGAGCGAAAGGUCAACAGUAGGUGCCGAGUUGGUAUCUGGGGGACUAUUUGGGAAGACAACAACCGACGAGGUGCCUUGUUUACCGCGAUGGGAACAGGGCUAAAGAAAGUUGGUGCCCUGACUGUUCAUCGGACCGGUGAUACCAAUUGGAUCUAUUCAAAGCCGGAAUCAGAUGAUGCUCUCAGCCUCAAGUCGCGGAGAGAGGGCAAAGGCAUUAUCCUGUUUACUGACUCGGGCGAAGUCAUCUGCCGCUCGGGGCACUGGGUUAUACUGAAACACCCUAGUGAGGUCAAUACUGCCGAUUCCGUUGUUAUCCUCGGAAAAAAUCAAGAUGCUUAUUACUACGCUAAAUUUGAAGGCGGAGGUGGAUGGCUUUGCUUGGAUAAGGACGGAGCACUCAACGUCAAGAAUGCCGGUGAUUGGGUCUACCUCAGACAUUCCGGUUUGGGUGCUAAGAGUAGCCUUUAA